GCUGCAAAUGACGGGUCGGCCUCCGCUGCAGCUUCAGCUUCUGCGCCUGCUCAAGCGUUUGGCUCUGUACCAGCUUCAGCUUCCGGCUCCGGCUCUAGCUCUGCCUCAGCGCAAGCCUCAGUGUCUGCUGGCUCUGGCUCUGCCCCAGCUUCUAUCUCUGCCGCAGCUUCUAGCUCUGCCGCAGCUUCUGGGCCAGCCGCAGCUUCUAGCUCUGCCGCAGCUUCUAGCUCUGCCGCAGCUUCAGGGCCAGCCGCAGCUUCUAGCUCUGCCGCAGCUUCAGUCGUGGCCCCCUUCUAUUCAAUGGUUUACUCCAACAGCAGCGUAACCAGCUCCAUCGACUCCCAAUUGACGACAACUGUUGUUACCGUCACGUCCUGCUCAGACAGCAAAUGUUCCGAAGCGGCGGUUACCACCGGCCUCACAACUGUGUAUGAAGACCACACCACUUACACCACCUACUGCCCAUUGACUGGCGUCACCGCAGAGACACCUAAAUCAGGCAGCCUAUCGACCGCAACCAAGCCUAACUUGUCAACCACCGUCGUGACUGUUACAUCCUGCUCCAACAGUAAGUGUUCGGAAACCGAGUUAACUACCGGUGUUACUACUGUCUACCAAGACCACACGACUUACACUACCUACUGCCCACUAAGCGAUGAAACGUCUACUGCGGCUGCUGCGUCAACACUCGUGAACUCUACCUCUCCAACAGGAACCUUUUCUAUUCUGACCGAGGGCUCUACGAGCUGGACUGCAGGUGCUUAUACCAAUGACCUUGCAACCUACAGUGGUAACAAAGGUAUCAAGUUUAGUGCUUCCAAAGGCUCCCUCUUGGCUGCUGCUGCUUUGCUUAUGUUAUAG